AGUACCAUAUGACUUCUCAAUUUCAAUUUCAUUGUGAUGAAUCCAAUCGGCUACACCUCCCACCUCAGCAGCAUUACCCUCGUAAGAGUGGCAUCAGGCGAAAAGCCUCCCAGGCUAGACGGCAUCCUCGGUCGGUCGUGCUGAUGGCCACCGACUUCACACCAAUGGCCAAGGCGCCGCAGACAUUAUUGUCAUUCCCAGAGGUGGAGGAGCUCAGCCGUACGGUCCUGCUCACCAACAUGCCUAUGCCGCCUAACACGACAGGGUACGAUCUGAGCCCUGCUGAGAUGGCAGCUGUUGCCAAGUUCUAUUCGAAUUGGUUGACCACCUAUGGCUCGAUAGAAAAGGUGGAAUUGUGCGACCCUGCGGGUUCACUGGUUUGCGUUUUCACCCACAGGGAAGGUGCAUUAUUGGCCGUAGCGGGCAUGCACCAGAGUCGGCCGGUAGUAGUCGGGACCCGCGGCAAUGCUCGUGAUGGGCAGGUCAUAGCCACACUGGCCUCAAACAGACGUAAACUUCACACUAUUAAAGGGCGUCAGAUAUACUCCUAUGAAGGCAUGUUGCCCUUUACUACCACGAAUGGUCAUAUCUCGGACACUAAAGUGACGGUGGUGGUCUGUCUCAAGAAUCUACCGCCUGAGUCGACGCGUGAGCAGGUCUAUGCGGUCAUCAGCCGAUUCUCUAGGUCGGUGUAUAUUCCUCCGGAACCCCAGAUUGCGGGUAAACUUUUGUGUUACUUCCGAAGCUCCGGCGAGGCCCAUAUCUUUAUGGCAGCAGUGAAUUAUGCAUGUGGUGAUGGUCCCGUGUACUUGGCCGAGGAGACAUACCGUAAUUUUAUACCUAGAAGUUGGAUAGUAGCUGAGGUCCACGCUCACAAGUUCAGAGAUUCUCAGGGGAAGAAUUCUACAUCCAUAACGCCUUUGUUGUCAACGGCUCGGAAUCGUUAUAGCGCGUUAGACGUGUUGUUGAGGAUGGCACGGGGAAGGCUAGAUGCGGACAGCAUGUGUAGUAAUGACGACAGUUAUAUGCUUGAGACCAGCUGUGAUGGAAGUGUCCGCUGCCCUCCUAGUUCCGCUCGCUCAACCCCGCGAUCUGCGCCGUUGCUCGUACCUCCCGCGGCAUUCCAAGAUCCGAUAGGCAACCUUCUGGUUCACAAUCCCAUCGCUAUCCACGCUCUACGUAGAGCUUAUGAAAUGCUAGCCGACUGGUAUCCCCCGGGAGCCCUCACUCUGGCUAAGCCCGAAGCCAACGUCCGGCAUCAGAAACAGCUCAGUAGCUGCUUAUGGCGAAAUCAUAUUGAGGAGGGAGUGCAUGGGUCGGCUGUAGGACAGAACUCGCCGAUUCGCAACAUAUGCACUACGCGUGUCUGCUGUAUUGGUGCUGGAUAUGUUGGGGGUCCUACGAUGGCUAUGAUAGCGUACAAAUGCCCACAUAUACAAGUCUGUGUCGUGGACUUAUCGGAAGAGCGCAUUGCUGCAUGGAACUCGGACGAGCUGCCUAUAUACGAACCGGGACUCGCUGAGAUCGUGAAGGAAUGCCGCGGUCGUAACCUGCACUUCUCGACCAACGUCGCCUCUGCUGUUGCUGAUUGUGAUAUCAUAUUCGUGUCGGUGAACACUCCGACCAAGAAACACGGUCAAGGAGCAGGGCGGGCUGCUAAUCUGGCGCCGUGGGAGGGAGCGGGCCGAACAAUAGCGGCUCAUGCGAGAGGCCCUAAGAUCAUCAUUGAGAAGAGCACUGUGCCGGUGAGGACGGCCGCUGCCCUACAGAGGGUCUUGGAUGGCCAAGGCACAUCUCAGAAAUACGUUAUUCUUAGCAAUCCUGAGUUCCUGGCUGAAGGCACGGCUAUGGCGGACCUGGCGAAUCCUGAUAGGGUUCUCAUUGGAGGACCCCAGAAUAGUGACGGUCGCUUUGCUAUCGACGUGGUUGUUGGAGUCUACGCCAGUUGGGUGCCUCGUGAGCGCAUCAUUACUACUAACCUGUGGUCCAGCGAGCUCUCCAAACUAGUGGCCAACGCCUUCUUGGCUCAAAGGGUUUCUAGUAUUAACGCCAUUUCGAUGUUGUGUGAAAAGACAGGGGCUGAUGUGAAUGAAGUCGCACAUGCCAUAGGCACUGACUCUCGCAUCGGUCCUAAGUUCCUCAGCGCCUCUGUCGGCUUUGGUGGAUCGUGCUUCCAAAAAGACAUCCUCAACUUGGUGUACCUCUGUGAACAGUUUAACCUCCCUGAAGUGGCGAACUACUGGCGACAAGUAGUCGAGAUGAACGAUUUGCAGAAAACCCAUUUUGUCCAAACGAUAAUUAACUCGAUGUUCAACACAGUGCAGGGAAAGAAGAUCUGUAUCCUUGGCUUUGCCUUCAAGAAGGACACUGGUGACACUCGUGAGACGGCAGCUUUGUCGGUGUGCGCUCAGCUCAUGCACGAUGGUGCCAUUCUGCACGUGUACGACCCCCAGGUUACUCGAGAGCAGGUAUCAAGGAGGAAUAGGGAGUUCACUGGAAUAUGUUUCCAUCAGGCACUGCUGGAGUUUUCCGAUCAUGAUAUGUCUUUCGACUUCGACAAGCAGUUCGUGUCAGCUAUCGACCCCGCUAGUGCAGCGAAGGGCUCCCAUGCUAUUGUUGUGCUCACUGAAUGGGAUAUGUUUAAGGAGCUUCCUUAUGAGGAGUACUUCAAUACUAUGAUCAAACCUGCCUUCAUAUUUGAUGGUCGCAACAUCCUGAAUCAUGGGAGUCUGAUCAAAAUAGGCUUCGAGGUCCAUGCUAUAGGCAAGGCAUUGAGAAACCGUGGCCUCAUUAAAGCAACUCCACGAUCCGUUACGGACUCCCCUGAGUUGGGCAUGUGA